AUGCACAUUAUGAUCGACUUAUUGCCCAAACUGGAGAAGCGUGCAGGAGCGGACGGAAGCUCCAGGGAGGGCGGCUGUCAGUGCUCGCAUCACCCGGGAGGAGAGGCGCAGGGCUGGGGGAAGAAUCGCGUCAGAUCAGCAGCUGAAGCCGGCUGGCCUAACAACAAACACGCUCUGAGGAUCCUUCAAGAUUUCAGCAACGAACCAGGCUCCAACCUCACGUCCCACUCCCUGGAGAAGCGCGUAUCGGCCGCGGAUAGAGGCGCAGCUCACGGACGGAUGAGAGGAGGCAGAGAGCAGCACAAAGCGCUCAUAGAGGAGAGCAGCUCCGUGCCUGCACACAGAGCAUCCAGACUUUCCGCGCUGUUUGCCCACCCGCUGUACAAGACUCAGUGUCCUCCGCUCACGGACGACGACACGCUGUUUAAUGUCAACACAGACAUCAAAUUUUACCCCAGAACCACGGGCCAGGGAUGGCAUCAUGAAGAGGGGAAUGGAGAGGAGGAUGAGUUUUCCCCCACAGCAGAGGGGACAGCAGAGACGUACCCAAACUGGCUGCGCUUCCACAUCGGCAUCAACCGCUACGAGCUGUACCCCCGACACAGCACCGUGCUGGAGGCUCUGCUCAAAGACCUGGUCAGCCAGAGAAUCACCAGUGUGGCCAUGAAAUCCGGAGGCACGCAGCUGAAGCUGAUAAUGACUUUCCAGAACUAUGGACAGGCGCUGUUCAAGCCAAUGAAACAAACCAGGGAGCAGCAAACACCCCCAGACUUUUUCUACUUCUCUGACUUUGAGAGGCACAAUGCAGAGAUCGCAGCCUUCCACUUGGACCGAAUUCUGGAUUUCCGCCGAGUGCCUCCAGUGGCCGGCCGCCUCGUCAACAUGACUAGAGAGAUCCGAGAUGUGACACGUGACAAGAAGCUGUGGAGGACAUUCUUUAUCUCUCCAGCUAACAACGUGUGCUUCUAUGGCGAAUGUUCGUACUACUGCUCCACUGAACACGCUCUGUGCGGUAAACCAGACCAGAUCGAGGGCUCACUGGCUGCAUUCCUGCCAGACCUGACUCUGGCCAAACGCAAGACUUGGAGAAACCCAUGGAGACGAUCAUAUCACAAACGCAAGAAGGCUGAAUGGGAGGUGGACCCUGACUACUGCGAUGAAGUGAAGCAGACGCCUCCGUACGACCGCGGGACUCGGCUCCUGGAUGUUAUGGACAUGACCAUCUUUGACUUCUUGAUGGGUAACAUGGACCGCCAUCAUUAUGAAACAUUUGAGAAGUUUGGAAACUACUCUUUCAUUAUUCACCUUGACAAUGGGAGAGGGUUUGGAAAACAUUCGCAUGACGAGGUGUCAAUUCUGGUGCCUCUCAGUCAAUGCUGCAGAGUUCGAAAGUCGACUUAUCUGCGCCUUCAGCUGUUGGCCAAAGAGGACUACAGCCUGAGCUCCCUGAUGGAGGAGUCUCUGCUGCAGGACCGCUUGUCCCCGGUCCUGAUCCAACCGCACCUGAAGGCUUUGGACCGGCGCCUGGGCCUGGUGCUGCAGGUCCUGGACGGAUGCAUAGAUAAAGAAGGGUUCUCUAGCGUUGUGGAGGAGGACUUAAUUGAGGCCACAGCCAUGAGCCCAGGCUACAGGUAG